AUGACGCAGCGCAGACCUUCUCUAGACUCAACUGCGACUCACGAAUCGUUCGCUGCUCGUCUUGGUGGGAAAUUCAGAGAUGCAAUCACGCCGCAUCUCCACCACGACGACGACGGCGAACAGCGCGGCAGAUCAUUCCUCACUAAGGGCAAGCAGGGUAAUCCAGAAAGAUCAGAUUCUCGCGGCAGAGAUCCUAUCGUUAGCACCGGUCGCGGCGGCGCUGGCAACCUCAGGGCUAGCUCCAGGACCAGAUCCGCAUACGACAACGACGACGACGACAGAGGGCGUUCAACUCGCUCCGCCCAUCCGCCUCCACCCAAGGCUGUCCACGCAGGCCGAGGCGGCGUCGGCAACGUCCGCUCUCCCUCCCGAGACCCUGCCGACCUGCGCAACCAGCAAGCUGAGCAGCAGCUCGAAGCCAAGCUCCAGCGCGAGGCGCACGAGAAAGCUGAACGUGACGGCAUGUUACCAACCGGUCGCGGCGGCGCUGGUAAUAUUAGAGCGGGCGGUGAUCAACCCCCUACUAGCUCUGCCACCUCUUCCACCCCCUCCAGAUCUAGGUCUCGCUCUAGGACUCGCGAUCUCCUCCAGCGCGCUACCUCGAGGGACAGAUCGACGUCGAGAGACGUGGCUUACAAUCACAGCAGUAGCCAUGUUAAUGUCGGUGGCGGGGGAAACAGCUUUGGCAACGUCGCAAGCUCCCCUGCUCACCCGAAUACUCACUCACCUCACGAUAUAGACGGCGAUACCUCCCUGGCUGCUGUGAGAGAGUAG